CAGAGUGGUCUCUAUUAUAAACACCUCGUCUUCUCUUUUUCUUCUUUGUCCUCUUCCAAUCGCUUCCCAUCCAUCAUCCCCUGCACUUCUCUCUCUUCGCUUCCCUAGAGCGACGCCCACAAUCGCAUCAUCAUUUCGAUCGACUUCCUCUGAGCCGGCAAGGAAGAGGGAGCGAGAUGUCUUCUCCCAGCAAGCGCCGCGAGAUGGAUCUCAUGAAACUGAUGAUAAGUGACUAUCAGGUGGAGAUGCUGAAUGAUGGGAUACAAGAGUUCUUAGUGGACUUCCAUGGCCCGAACGAUAGUCUUUAUCAGGGAGGAGUGUGGAGAGUUAGAGUGGAACUGCCAGAUGCUUAUCCUUACAAAUCUCCCUCAAUUGGCUUUGUUAAUAAGAUAUAUCAUCCUAAUGUUGACGAAAUGUCCGGUUCAGUUUGUUUGGAUGUUAUCAACCAAACUUGGAGUCCUAUGUUUGAUCUUGUCAAUGUGUUUGAAGUUUUUCUCCCACAACUUCUUCUAUAUCCAAACCCUUCAGAUCCUUUGAAUGGGGAGGCUGCAGCACUUAUGAUGCAGGAUAAACCUGCUUAUGAACAAAAAGUGAAAGAAUACUGCCAGAAAUAUGCGAAGCCUGAAGAUGUUGGAAAUGCUUCAGAUGACAAAUCGAGCGAUGAAGAACUGAGUGAAGAUGAUGGUGGGUGCGAUUCUAGUGAUGAACACGUUGUGGGAGAACCUGAUCUUUAAUAAGGGAUUCUAUGUUUCCUCUAUAUUUUUAUUUCAACUACUUGCACCAAAAAAAAAAACAAAAAUUCAAACUAUUUUAUGGGAUUGCAGUUGUAAACUCGUAGCGUGUGAAUGGGAUCCCAACAAUUGAAUGCACAAAUUGCCAUUUUCUUUA